GCGGCCCCUGAACCAUCGUGUCGAAGAGCCGGGGUCAGUAGACGAAACAAAUUGUUAGCUGCCAGUAUUGACAGCUUUUCAGAUAUCUGUGUUUUGUCGACAUUUCUACAAGCAGCGUUUUCAUUGAUUUUAUAGAAUGCCUGUCCUAACCAUUUUUACUAAUGUGUCGCGUGACAAAAUACCAAGCGAUUCCAUCACGACAUUGACAAAACUAUUGGUGGAUCUCCUGCAGAAAGAUCAGAAGUAUAUAAGCAUUCACAUUAGACCAGAUGAGAUGAUGGGAUUCAAUGGUACAACCGAUUCAUGUGCCCAUGUAACACUGGUUUGUAUUGGCAAAAUUGGGCUAGAAGAAAACAAGGUUUAUAGCAAGGCAAUCAUGGAAUGGCUGAAUACCAGACUUGGAAUUGAUGCUACUCGGAUGUACAUUUCAUUCAUAUCACCAGAGAGAGAAAAUAUUGGUUAUAACUAUACUACAUUUGCAAAGUAACAGUGUACAACAAUGACUGAACAAACUAGCUGACUAGUAAGCUGCUGAAGUCACUUGCAAAUCUCUGUCAGAAAUCAUAUGAAAAUAAUGGGAUGUCACAGUGAAGCAUUCAUAAAGAGUUGAUACUAGUAAUUGACACUACAGCCAUGCAAGAAAUGAAUAAACAGAUUUGUUUUGUUUUUUGAAUGUCUCAGA